UCUGCGGGCCCUUCUCUUCUCGGCGCUCGCCUGGUGUUCAGGGACCUGUUCCAGCAGUAAAUCCAAGCACAGGACCGCCAGGAAAAGAUACAACCACCCAUUUGGUAUCAUUUGUUCAGCUGCAGCGUAGAAACCUUACUUACCGUACACGGAAAUCAGCCAGAUAGGUCCGGUUCGCCCCUCGCGUCGACCGGCCGACGAGCAGAGCAUCCAUUCCUCCUUCCGUUGGCAGCCGAGGUGUUGCAGUCUAAGCUAGCUCGCGUUAGCCAAGAGGCAGCGGACAGUUGUGUCUGAGGGAUCUUCAAAAUGUCGGGUUACCAAGGAAAGAAGAACAUUCCACGAAUUACAAGUGACCGUCUCCUCAUCAAAGGAGCAAAGAUAGUCAACGAUGAUCAGUCAUUCUUGGCCGAUAUCUACAUGGAGGAUGGAGUCAUCAAGCAAAUAGGCGACAACCUCAUUGUUCCCGGGGGAGUGAAGAUCAUAGAGGCUCAUGGGAGAAUGGUUAUGCCUGGGGGCAUCGAUGUGCACACCCGAUUCCAAAUGCCGGACCGAGGCAUGGUGGCAGCCGAUGACUUCUACCAGGGCACUAAGGCGGCCCUGGCUGGGGGGACGACUAUGAUCCUCGACCACGUGGUGCCGGAGCCUGGCGUCAGCCUGGUUGCUGCUUUCAAACAGUGGCGAGAGUGGGCUGAUAGCAAGUCCUGCUGCGACUAUUCUCUGCACGUGGACAUCACUGAGUGGAACAAAGGCACUCCAGAAGAGAUGGAGGCCCUGGUGAAAGAUCAUGGUGUCAACUCUUUCCUGGUCUAUUUGGCUUAUAAGGAUGUUUUCCAACUUUCUGACUCUGAGAUCUAUGAGGUGUUCAGUGUAAUCAGAGACCUCGGGGCUAUUGCGCAGGUGCAUGCUGAGAAUGGAGACAUCAUUGCAGAGGAGCAGAGACGUAUUCUAGAGCUUGGGAUCUCCGGCCCUGAAGGCCACGUACUUAGCCGCCCAGAGGAGGUGGAGGCCGAGGCGGUCAAUCGGUCUGUCACCAUCGCCAAUCAGACCAACUGUCCCCUCUACAUCACCAAGGUGAUGAGCAAGAGUGCUGCUGAUGUCAUUGCCCUUGCAAGGAAAAGAGGUGCCGUGGUUUACGGAGAGCCCAUAUCUGCCAGCUUGGGCACAGAUGGUACCCAUUACUGGAGCAAGAACUGGGCAAAGGCUGCAGCCUAUGUUACUUCUCCGCCGCUUAGUCCGGAUCCCACCACCCCAGACUACCUCAACUCUCUGCUGUCAUGUGGAGACUUGCAGGUGACUGGAAGUGCUCACUGCACCUUCCAGACAUCUCAGCGUGCAAUAGGCAAAGAUGACUUCACUCUCAUUCCAGAGGGCACUAACGGCACCGAGGAGAGGAUGUCCCUGAUCUGGGACAAAUGUGUGGUGACUGGCAAGAUGGAUGAGAACCAGUUUGUGGCAGUGACCAGCACGAAUGCGGCCAAGAUCUUUAACCUGUUCCCUCGUAAGGGCCGUAUCGCUGUGGGGUCUGAUGCCGACCUCGUGCUGUGGGACCCAGAUAUCACUAAGAUCAUCUCGGCUAAGAGCCACAACCUGGCAGUGGAGUACAACAUCUUUGAGGGCACAGAAGUGCGCGGGGGUCCGGUGGUGGUGAUCAGCCAGGGCAAGAUUGUGUUGGAGGAGGGCAGCCUUCACCCCACGGAGGGCUGUGGUCGCUACAUCAGCCGCAAACCCUUCUCCGACCACGUCUACAAGAGGAUAAAGGCCCGCAGCAGGCUCACAGAGUUGCGAGGAGUCCCCAGGGGCCAGUACGACGGGCCGGUGUGUGAGGUGACUGUGACUCCCAAAGUGAUGUCCACCGUCUCCUCAGUGAAGACUUCCCCUGCCAAGCAGCAGCAGCAGCAGCAGCAGCAGCAAACUGGUCCUCAGCCCGUGCGCAACCUUCACCAGUCUGGCUUCAGUCUGUCCGGUGCCCAAGUUGACGACAACAUUCCUCGUCGCAGCACUCAACGCAUCGUGGCUCCACCGGGUGGAAAAGCCAACAUCACCAGCCUCGGCUAGGCUCCUCCCUGAAGCGAGCCAUGGGUGCAGCGAAGGCGGGACCGGAGGCCACUCUUAUUGCCGUCACAUCACGUCCGGUCACCUCUGACUCCCUCGGCACCACACACACAAGCACUCCAUGCAUUCUUGUUCACACAAUACCGUCAGUUUAUGCGACAAAAAAAAAGAGGAAAGCACUAUUCUAAUUGUUUCAUCGUUCCUGCUAUAUUCCAUUAUCACGGAAAGAACUCGUGAAUUGAAACAGCUUUUUUGUUGUUUUUUUUAAACCCAGUUUGAUAAGGGAUGAAAAUAAUUGUUUACAUUUUUGUAUUGUUUUUUGCUGUUUGAGCUGUUAACAGAAAAGAAGAGGUUAGUUUAAAAGCUGCGGGGUUCCCUAUUUGUCUCAAUGCUCUGUUCAUUUGACAAACAACACGUAGAAUCCGCUUGUUACGGCGCCACAAUUAGUUCAAGAAGCCUCCAUCGUCCAUUUUGUCAGACAGUUACGCUGUCAGGUUGCAGUAUUUCAUCUUUGUGUAGGUACUGUGUAAAACAGAAUAAUUCUCCUUGGUCCUCCUUUCAGCUUAUUCUUUCACUCUCUUCAUUCAAAACAAAAUUGGUGUAUCUUUUUAUUAAGUCAUGAAAGUGCUGCCUGCACAGAAAGGAAAAAGGAAAAGGUAUUUUAUGGUUGAACUACUCAUUCAACUUUGCCCUGAAAAUGGGGGGGCAGGGGGGGGGGGUUGUUGGCAUUUAGCAGUUUGUCUGAGUCGCAUGAACUGUUUCCUUCCUCUCAUCACAUGAUGUAUAUUAAAAGGUUGUCAGGGAAACAAGCUUCCAAUAAUCCAACCGGUGCAUUGUUCAGGAAAUAGACACGAUGAAGAAGCUAGAUCUGAGGUCAGCUGACAACCGCUCUGCACCUGGUGCUAUAUGACCCUCGCUGUAUACGUGCAGAUGACCUCCACGCAAGCACACACAGCACACUUACCGUUCACCCAGUUUUCACUACAUUUAUAUUGCACUCGUAACAAUCCAAAUGAUGUGUAUAUGGUAUGUUAGCUUGCAAUUUUUUAUUUGUAUUGGACAUGUCUGUGUUUAAGGAUAUUUGUUGAAACUACUUGCCUGCCUGUUAUGUAUGAUAUUGAGAGCACACUGUAUCUAUGAAGGCUCUUUAAAGACCUGCAACCGUGAUCUUUGAGACCUGAUGAAAAAUGCUUUGGCGUGUAUCUGAAAUCCCCUACAGUGUGUUGACGUGUCCUCUGUUCUCGGUGUUCGUGUCGUGAAUGAAUCAUCGGAUAUCCAGUUUCUCCUUUCUCACCCUCCUCCACCUGCCGACACUGUCGACAUCAGAUCCACUGGAGGUCGUGACUGUAUUCACUAAACUAAGCGGGCUGUCUGUUUCACGGCACUGUGCGGCCAUACUGUAAAACACUGGAUUACUUCUUCCUCAUUACCUUGUCAAGUGUAGGUUUUGUAUGCCAAGCUAUAAUGUGAAGUGAUUUACACUGGGGGAAGUGUCAUGGUGAUGGUUGUUGAGUUGUGAUUUGUCGAGCACUGUUGUUGCCUCUCUCCCAGCAAGUGUGAUACUCUCUUGGUCAUGUGUGUUUUGUAGAAUACCAGGGUUUUGGGGGGGGGAAUCAUCGGUCUUGUCAGCAUUUGACCCUAUCUGUGUUGACUUCAGUGGAUUAAAAGAAUAAAAAAAGAGUUAUUGUAUCGUAUUAGCACA